AUGGCGACUCCCGGCCGGAGGACGUCGACCCCCGGCUCCCUCCCCUCCAAGCGGGCUCCCCCGCGAGACUCUGCGUCCGAGGUCCCGAGCAAGCGACGGAGUUCGGCCCCGCCGGCGCCGCUGCAGCCGCUGCCCGCGCCCUCGGCCGCGCCUCCUCCGCCUCCGCCUCCGCCGCCGCCGCUGCAGGCGUCGUCCGGGCCCUUCGUGGAGGGCGCGAUCGUCCGCAUCGCGAUGGAGAACUUCUUGACAUAUGAUAUCUGUGAAGUAUCUCCUGGACCCCAUUUGAAUAUGAUUAUUGGAGCUAAUGGAACAGGGAAGUCCAGCAUUGUGUGUGCCAUUUGCCUUGGAUUAGCAGGCAAACCUGCUUUCAUGGGUCGGGCAGAUAAGGUUGGUUUUUUUGUGAAGAGAGGAUGUACCAAAGGCAUGGUUGAAAUUGAAUUGUUCAGGACUUCUGGAAAUCUUAUAAUUACCCGUGAGAUUGAUGUGGCAAAAAAUCAGUCCUUUUGGUUCAUCAACAAAAAAUCUACAACCCAGAAAGUAGUAGAAGAACAAGUUGCAGCCUUAAAUAUUCAAGUGGGCAAUCUUUGCCAGUUUCUACCUCAGGAUAAAGUUGGGGAAUUUGCUAAACUCAGCAAAAUUGAACUCUUGGAAGCUACUGAAAAGUCGAUUGGUCCCCCAGAAAUGCACAGAUACCACUGUGAACUCAAAAACUUCAGGGAGAAAGAAAAGCAACUAGAGACCUCAUGCAAAGAGAAAACCGAGUAUCUAGAGAAAAUGGUUCAGAGGAAUGAGAGAUAUAAACAAGAUGUGGAGCGGUUCUAUGAACGUAAACGACAUUUAGAUUUAAUUGAGAUGCUUGAAGCAAAAAGGCCAUGGGUGGAAUAUGAAAAUGUUCGUCAGGAAUAUGAAGAAGUGAAGCGAGUUCGUGACCGCGUGAAGGAAGAGGUCCGAAAGCUGAAAGACGGGCAGAUCCCCUUGGCGCGGCGCAUUGAGGAAAGCGAAAGGCAGCGCCACACCUUGGAGGCCAGAAUCAAAGAAAAGGCAAUGGAUAUUAAAGAGACCUCUCAAAAAUGUAAACAAAAACAAGAUAUAAUAGAAAGGAAAGAUAAACAUAUUGAGGAACUUCAGCAAGCACUAAUAGUAAAACAAAAUGAAGAGAAUGACCGACAGAGGAGGAUAAGUAAUACCCGCAAAAUGAUAGAAGAUUUGCAGAAUGAACUGAAAAACACAGAAAACUGUGAGAAUCUUCAACCCCAGAUCGAUGCCAUUACAAAUGAUCUGAGACGAGUUCAAGAUGAAAAGGCAUUAUGUGAAGGUGAAAUAAUUGACAAGAGAAGAGAAAGGGAAACUCUAGAGAAAGAGAAAAAGAAUGUGGAUGAUCAUAUUGUACGCUUUGACAAUCUUAUGAAUCAAAAGGAAGAUAAGUUGAGACAGAGAUACCGUGACACCUAUGAUGCAGUUUUAUGGCUAAGAAACAAUAGAGACAAAUUUAAGCAAAGAGUCUGUGAGCCCAUCAUGCUCACGAUCAAUAUGAAAGAUAACAAAAAUGCCAAAUACAUUGAAAAUCAUAUUCCAUCAAAUGACUUGAGAGCUUUUGUAUUUGAAAGUCAAGAAGAUAUGGAGGUUUUCCUUAAAGAGGUUCGUGACAAUAAAAAAUUAAGAGUAAAUGCUGUUAUUGCUCCACGGAAUUCAUAUGCAGAUAAAGCGCCUUCAAGACCUCUGAAUGAACUAAAACAAUAUGGAUUUUUCUCUUAUCUGCGUGAGUUAUUUGAUGCACCUGAUCCUGUCAUGAGUUACCUUUGCUGCCAGUAUCAUAUUCAUGACGUUCCUGUAGGAACGGAAAGAACCAGGGAGAGAAUUGAACGGGUGAUACAAGAAACCCGAUUGAAACAAAUCUAUACAGCAGAAGAAAAGUAUGUGGUGAAAACUUCUUUUUAUUCCAACAAAGUUAUCUCCAGUAACACGUCCCUUAAAGUAGCCCAGUUUCUCACGGUCACUGUGGAUCUUGAACAAAGAAGACACUUAGAAGAGCAGCUAAAGGAAAUUAAUAGAAAAUUGCAAGCAGUAGAAUCAGCACUGAUUGCCUUACGAGACACAAAUAAACAUCUUGAACAUAAAGACAAUGAACUCAGACAAAAGAAGAAGGAGCUUCUUGAAAGGAAAACUAAGAAAAGACAAUUGGAGCAGAAAAUUAGUUCCAAACUGGGAAGUUUAAAGCUGAUGGAACAGGACACUUGUAACCUUGAAGAGGAAGAACGAAAAGCAAGUACCAAAAUCAAGGAAAUAAAUGUUCAGAAAGCAAAACUUGUUACUGAAUUAACACACCUGAUAAAGACGUGUACUUCUUUGCAAAUACAAAAAGUCGAUUUAAUACUUCAAAAUACUACAGUGAUCUCUGAGAAGAAUAAACUAGAAUCUGAUUAUAUGGCUGCAGCAUCACAGCUUCGUCUCAGAGAGCAACAUUUCAUUGAAUUGGAUGAAAAUAGACUAACAUUAUUACAGAAAUGCAAGGAACUUAUGAAGAGAGCUAGGCAAGUAUGUAACCUGAGUGCAGAACAGACUGUUCCUCAAGAAUAUCAGACACAAGUACCCACCAUCCUAAAUGGACACAGCUCCACACUCCCCAUGGCUUUCCAGGAUCUUCCAAACACAUUGGACGAAAUCGAUGCUUUAUUAACCGAAGAAAGAUCAAGAGCUUCUUGCUUCACCGGGCUGAACCCUACAGUUGUUGAGGAAUAUACAAAAAGAGAAGAAGAAAUAGAGCAGUUAACUGAGGAACUAAAGAUAAAGAAGGUUGAACUGGAUCAAUACAGGGAGAACAUUUCACAGGUAAAAGAAAGAUGGCUUAAUCCUCUGAAAGAGCUGGUAGAAAAAAUUAAUGAAAAAUUCAGCUAUUUUUUCAGUUCCAUGCAGUGUGCUGGUGAAGUUGAUCUCCAUACAGAAAAUGAGGAAGACUACGAUAAAUAUGGAAUUCGAAUUAGAGUCAAAUUCCGCAGUAGUACUCAACUGCAUGAAUUAACUCCUCAUCAUCAAAGUGGAGGUGAAAGAAGUGUUUCCACCAUGUUGUAUCUGAUGGCACUUCAGGAACUUAACAGAUGUCCGUUCAGAGUAGUUGAUGAAAUCAACCAGGGAAUGGACCCAAUCAAUGAACGAAGAGUGUUUGAAAUGGUUGUAAAUACCGCUUGUAAAGAAAACACAUCUCAGUACUUCUUUAUUACACCAAAGCUCCUGCAAAAUCUUCCUUAUACUGACAAAAUGACAGUGUUGUUUGUCUACAAUGGUCCUCAUAUGCUGGAACCAAACAGAUGGAAUUUAAAGGCUUUCCAAAGGCGGCGGCGCCGUAUCACGUUCACUCAGCCUUCUUAAUAAAAAGACAGGGUGAGGACUUUGGGAUUUUCUGUUAUAUCCUAUUAAAAGUAUGGCUCAACUGAAUAAAUGGCAAUUCAUUCAGAGUAAAAGAUCGGUUAUUUUUGGAAACCUGCUAUUAAAUCCAUAAUAACUUCGUACUGCAGAGCAUCACCUGGUAGUAAAAAUUAAUUUUUCUUUUGUCUUCGUUGAACUUGAGCCCUUGGCAUCCUGGCCCUCAGUCAUUGCACAGAAAAAGAGUAUUUGCCAUUUCAAAUCACAGGUACAGUCGAAAAGGGUUAUCAAUCACCAGUUGAUAGGAUGACUCUUUAGCUUUAAUUGCCAUGAAACUUAAUUAUACUUUUAGAGUCUCGAAAUGACUCUGCAUAUGAAAAGUUAUAGUUUUAUCCUAGUGUCAUAUUUAAGAAUUGAUAUGGACGUGUGUGAUCUAAUGUAUAAAAUAAUUUUACAGAUCUGUUAAAUUUUUUCCUAUUAAAAAAGAUGACUGUGUAUCUCCAGUAGGAAAUGGGAUUUUAUGGACCGUUUAAAAACUUCGUUGGAACUUGAUGCUAUCAUCGUGUAUUAGUGUCUCAGAGGGGAAGAAAAUGGACUGGGGUUCAAAAAUGAUAGCAGAACUUUGAUAUGCCACAAGGUGGCCACUAGAUGAUGCAAAAUACAACCAAAAGAUUGACAAAAUAAAAUCAAGUGCAAAGGGUUUUUUAAGAAUAACCCUGUAAAGUGUGUGGGUUUGUUUGUUUUUUUUAUUUGAAGUUGAUUGUAUUUUACAUCUUAAAUUUCUAAAAGCAUUUUUAUAAUUAUUUUUAGUAAGGUUUUUUCUUAAGAUUUCAUAUACUGAUUUUUACAAUUUAUAUUUGAAAUUUCUCAGUAUUGUGUAAAGACUAAGGGAAAGCAGUGAUUUGUUUCAAACCAUAAUGUUUCUAGAACUUGAGCUUAUUGGUCAUUUCUUAAAGUGUUGAUCCUGCCCCCAUUAUUUUAGAAAAUCUAGUUUUAAACUCUACUUUCCACGUGAAGGAAUUGCGGGGGGUGGGGAAAUCAUUUAUUUCUGGAUUACACUAAUUAACAGUGCCGAGCGAAUUCUAUUCUUUUAAAAACAAAUGUUGGAAGAAACGGACUAGUUCGAAGAUGUGGUGUUAGAACCAUGAGUUAGAUCUGAACUGGUAAUGACAUAAUUAUUUUUUUUUUGACUUGGUAGCUGUAUAAACUGAUGAAUGACUUUAUUUGGGUUUUUCUAUAUUCUUAAAUAUUCACUGGAAUUUAUAUUCUUAUCAAAAAGUGAUGAACCAUACAUUCUGUCCUCUCUCUGGCAGUCUCUUUGAAAAGGUAUUUUUUCUUUAUAAAAAUUUUUAAAGAAAAAGCUGUCUCUUAAAGCUAAUGCAUGUACUAUUAAAAUAUUUUUUUAAAACAUUUUUGCUAGUGUGAGCAAUUCAUGUAAACAUUGAAAAGUUUGGUAAGAUAUUGGUAAAUCAACAUUACCAAAUGUUUUUGUCUUAUUUUCCACCAAAAUAUUAUUAUGAUACAUGCUUAUGGUGUCUUUCAUUUAUUGUCUAAGUUUGUGCUGGUCAUUUAUUCCUAAAAAAUCAGUAACAGUAUAAUAAAGAAGCUUAAAAAUUAGACCUGUGUUUAAAAGUAAAAUCGACAAGUCAGUUUAUGUAUGCCAACAACUAUUCCAUGCCUUGUUUGUAUGCAUUUAUGUUUCUCUAAUGGACAAAGUUAUAUUUGAUUUUUGAGCUGUGAAGACAAAUUAUGUAUCAUUUAAGCACAUUAUUAAAAGAAUAACCUCAGUACAUUAAAGCCUCAGCCACUUAACGCUUUCAUAUAUCUUCUAUAAAAGCUGAUUUCUUAUUACAUAGAAAUUAUAAAAACUUGAAAUAAAAGUCUGAUUUGAUUAAUAAAAUAUUUAAAACCCUAAUGUAACAAGCAGAUAUUUCUAAUGACCAAAUAUUUCUUGAUUUGACAAAUCUCUAUUAAGAGAUUUUUAGCAUUCAGAGUAAAAAGGGAAAGAUUUCUUGCAACUUUCAAAUUGUCUUUUGACUUGUGUGCUUAUUUUCUUUGUAGUAUGAGUCUUUACUGUGUGAAAAAUGUAAUUUUGUCCAAUUGUGUGAUCAUCUGUGAAAGUUAAAAAAAAAGCUAUUUGUGGGAAAUGCUACUUUGUUGGUAAUAAAUGCAUAUUUUCAUA